UGAAGUUAUCAGUAUCCAGUGAGCGGUGGAGAAGUAAGGUUGUUAUACUGUGGGGCUCUGGUGUGUGUGCUUCUUGUGUACAGGAAGUAAACAGUGUAGCGUGUAAAAUAAUGUGACCAGUGUGGUGAUAACUAUGGUUGAUAAUACUCUUGUUGAAGGUGCACUUAAAUACCGAGAUGGCAAGAAGUGGAAACAACGAUGGGCUGUGCUGGAUAAGAUGUCUCCCGUCGCAGAUGUGUUACAGUUACAGCUGUUGGACAGUCGGGACCGAGCCAAGGGCGCGGCGACCAAAGCCUCCCUAGCCCUGCAGAACGUCUUGGCCCUAGAGACAGGGUUCACGCUGGACAAGGAGAGCCACACGCUGGGUCUGCUAUGUAAAGAUGUCACCCUGGUGGUGGCCUUUGAACGAAGGCGUAUGUUGCAGUGGCAGGUCAAGAUGACUUCGACGUUGGGUGAAGAGCAACAGUUCCUGGUGCAGGUGCUACAGGUGCCGCCACGGUCGAGGGUGGCGGCGGGUCCUGCUCGGCUACACGUCAGGGACCACCGCUUCUGUCUCACCACCGGCACCCCACCGAGACUCCUGGCGGCUUGGUCCACACACGACCUCAGGCGGUACGGCGUGGUGGACGGGCGCGUGGUGUGGGAGGGCGGCACGCGGUGUGGGCGGUGGACGGGCGUUCACGUGGCGCUGUCCGACGCCCCCCACGCCGUCACCCACGCCAUCGACCAGUCCGCCCGGGGGCUGUUGGCCCUUCCCAGGACCAGACCUCCAUCCUCCUCCACAGGUUCGAGGGCAGAGAGCCGCACAGAGAUGUCGUGGCUGCGGGAGGUAAGCGUGAUGGACCUGAGUAGCGAAACGGUGUCCCUGGCAGCGUCGGAGGCCACAGCUACGGCCACCUCCCCGCGAGAUACUCUGCCUGACCAUAGCGACUCUCACUACACCGACGCCCACUCCGUCGCCUGGCCGCCCUGGAGCCGCCGUGCCUCCUGCCAGAGUCAAUCCGUGGUGGGCUGCUCCACCGUCAGUAGCUCAGGCCCGCACAUGUGUGGCCACGAGGGUGAUGAGAACGCCUGGUGGGCAUCCACGUGGGCGCGGGGGUCGUGGGAGGGCGUGGCUGCUCCCUCGCCCACACCAGAGUCCCUCUACGACCACCCGCGCCCUCUAGGUCAUAUUCACCACCCGGGUAUGCAGCCGUGCUGCCUCACCCAACACCCGCCCCACCACCCUCACAACACCCCACAACAGCCCGACGGCGGCGGAUUCAGCGUCAACAGCCCGCCCCGCGUGGCUCUCAACCCCCUGGACAACUACGAUAUCCCACCCCCGCCCAGGGUGCCACCCGCCGCCGCCCACUACGACACUCCACGACGUCUGGUUAUGUGCGACAGCGGGACAUCUCUGGCACAAGACUCCUCCUGCCAGCCAGGGGAGGCGGCCGACGGUGUGGUCCCAACGUCAGGCGUGUGGUGUGAGGGCGGCUUGGUGUCUGCCGCCCCCAGCUGUGGUCAGGUCCUUGGAUGGGCGGGGUCGCUGGUGUGUGGGCGGAGAGAGGAAGGCGACGCUCCACCAGAACAACUGCGGGUGGACGGACACGGACGAAUGCCCGUGGUGGAUGCCAACACUGGCACUAUCCUGCGACACCCUCCACCAACGCCGCCAAAUAACAACCAGCCGCCCCAGGAAACUUCGGCGCUAUAUGCUGUUGUAAACAAGAGAAAGAAAACAGGCAAGCCUCGGGCACCCACUCCACCCCCCACACCCCCGCCCACUCCCCCACCUCGCCACCAUGAAUUUAUCCCCACCUCUCACGCUAACUACGCCAACUUGGAGUUUGCUGCCAGUCUUGCUCUCUAUGAGAACGUACGGGACGUUAAAAAUGCCUCUAACUCCAUACAGGCUGGUGCUCCUGUCAACACCCAACCCUCUUCCACAAACACGAGCGUCAGUCAGCCAGUCGUGUCCCAUUCCUCCUCCACCACCCUCACCACCACCAGUGCGGCGCCGCCUGAGACCCAGGCGACCCCGCACCUCUCACCUACCUCGCCCGCCACACUAGAGUGCAUCACAACAUCUUCCACUGGUGGGUCGAGCUGUGACGGCGAGAACCACUACAUGGCCAUGACCCCCCGGCUGCCCUCCGACCCCCACUACCUCCCCAUGGGGCCCACGCUGCCCUCUGCCACUCUCGUGCCUUGUGAAGCACCCACACAAGAGAAGAACGAGACCAAGACCACUCCUGUCAAGGACCGAAGUCGAUCUUUGAGUAUUACCGAGAACCGCUACGGUCGGUCACAAUCGGUGGCACCCAGCCAUCGCUACAUGUCAUUAGCGCCGCGACGCUCAACUUCGGCAGACUCCAGGCCGCGAGAAGCCUGGCCCUCGUCGCCAGCCACCACGCCCACGGCCACGCCCACUCGCCGACAAACUAUCAACUCCUCCUUGCGCAGACGAGACAACCGUCUUAACUCUGAGGCUGCAACAGACAGUGGGUGUGACCUGCGGCACGACAGUGUCGAGGCGGACGGACCGACGGUCACCCCUGACCAGAGUGUGUGUACGGACGUGGAGGUCAGCCCACGCCCCGACGUGGUCACCACCACUGCCAGAGACCUGGUGGGGGAGGGAAUAUGCAUCCUUCGGCGCUCGUCUUCAGUACCUGGCAAACCUGCGGCCAACAGAGACUCUGCCUCCAGCAGCGACUCCGGCGUGUGCGAAUCCCCAAGAGCUGUGGAUCGGUUGCUGACCUCCCACUGCCUGCACGCGUCCCUUCCUCGCUCCCGACGACCACACCAAGCUAACAACAACACUGCCACGACACACUCAGGUGUGGCAGCGUCGUGCCAGGAGCUGGGCGGCGUGGGCGGUGUAGGCAGCGGUGGGGGCGGCAGCAGCAGCGGCAGCGGCGAUGCCAAGUCCACCUCGUCUGGCGCCUCCGACAUGAGUGACUACCUCGACACCCUCAGUCUGUCCUCCUCACACUCCUCCUCCGACCACGACAGGUUGCUGGCUCGCUCCUCCGUGAACACACUGAGGCCUCGUUCUGGCAGGGAGUACACGAGGCUCGACCGUCACGGACUCUGCCAAGACACCAAGACACUGCCAGUACUGGGGGAGGCACCGCCACACUGAGCUGGUGAUGACUUGGACCAGGAGCUCUCUGGGCCACGGUGCUGAACCAGGAGCUCUCUGGGCCACGGUGCUGAACCAGGAGCUCUCUGGGCCACGGUG